AUGCCGGUGUACCUUCUCGAGUCCAUUCUUCAGCAAUCCUACCAGAAAUCUCGAGUCUCCUCCACGAUCAUGGAUCCCGAACGUGUUUCCAGGAAACUAGCAACCGAUGUCGCCUUCUACCUGGACGAAGCCAACAUCGCCAAUGUUCUCUUUGGAUGGCAGGGGCUGAUACUGGUUGGCAACCGCAUGGUUGACGGUGAGGUUGACUUUGUGAUCCCUGACGCUCAGAUGCCCACUGCCAUUAAAGCCCUAGAGUCAGUUGGAUACCUGCGCUGUAACGAGCCUGACUGCGUGGAGCUGAAUUCCGACCGCAUGGGCCCGGAUGAACAGAACGGAUAUCUGGUCAUCAAACGAAACCGCUGCCAUCGUGUUGCUGCAGCGCAUUUCCACUUUGAAGCAAAGCAGUACCUCCUAUCCCUGCACCUCCAGUCCUCCCUGCUCUGGUGGCUGUCCGAGUUGACAACUGCCAACGGGCCACCUGCGGCCGUGCUGGAAGUGGGUGCCUGA